AUGGGUGAUGACUUAGUAGAAAUCGAAAAGUUGAAGACACUACUAGCAAAGGAGUUUGAAACCAAAGAUUUAGGAAAUUUAAGAUAUUUCCUAGGCAUGGAGGUAGCGAGAUCACGAGAAGGAAUUGUCAUAAAUCAAAGAAAGUACAUUAUAGACUUACUGUCUGAGAUUGGAAUGACUAAUUGCAAGCUCUCAGAAACUCCUAUGGAAGUUAACCUGAAAUUGAGUAAAGAUGGAACCUGCAUUGUUAGUCAAUACAUGAAUGAUCCUAGAGAAGAAUAUUUGGAGGCAGUUAAUCGAAUCUUUAGAUAUCUAAAGAUGACACCAGGACAUGGGUUGAUUUUUAGAAAACAUGAAGACAGGACAAUUAAAAGCUUCUCAGAUUCAAGCUGUGUUAGAGAAUUAACAGAUAGAAGGUCAAUCACGGGAUAUUGUUCAUUUGUGUGGGGAAAUCUAGUGACAUGGAGAAGCAAGAAACAAUCUGCAGUCUCUAGGAGUAUUGCAGAAGUAGAAUAUAGGGCGAUAGCACUUGGGAUGUGUGAAGGAAUUUGGCAACAAAGACUCUUAACUGAACUAGAUAUGUGCGACAACAAUUACUUUGAACUUUAA